CCCAGUACCAAAGUUUUGAAACUCACGAAAACUACGAUACUCACUUUAAAUGAUACUGUUUCUCUUUCCUUAGUACUGUGUUAAACAAAGUACGCGAUAUAAUGAUUGAAGUGAAAACGUAGUGGGUGAUGGUAGUUGGGCUCACCCUUAAGUGCUCGGAUCGAUCUGUUUCAGCUGCCGGGUACACAAGGUAUUAUAUUUCCAUGGAUUCGACUUAUUGAAAUACAUGGAAAUAAAAUCUCUGUGUACAUGAGGAAAUUAACUUUUGAACAAUUUCAACAAUGUGCUUUAAAAUUUGUAUUAAUUUAGCAGGUUUGACGGUGGGUUUUUGAAAGAGAAAUCAGAUUUUAAUAGGCUACACCUAAUGAAACUAUGUUUUGCUUGUACAUUUAUCCAAAACAUGUGUGUUAAUGAGUGAUAAAUGACGUCGCCGUUUAGAUUGGAGAUUACUAAGUAAAAUUCCUAAACAUGUAAUCAACAUAAAUAUCAACAGUAUAGAUGAAAUAGGGUCAUAUUAGAUAAGUAAAAUUACAAAAACACUUAAAAUGAAAUCAAUUUAUUGCUAUGUACCUAUGCCUAUAUCACUGACAUUUGGUCAAACAAAUAUUUUGAGUAAAAAUAAUAAGAAUACAUCACAAAAAUGGACACAUCGCAGAAAACACAUUAUAAAUCUUUAUCCUCAUCGUGGAAAUCUCGUCUACGUGUGAACCAGUUUUCACUCAAACGCGCUCCUCACACACCGACACACACUACCAAAACACCGUGACGUUGAACUACGCACACACGUUUAAAGUUACAUGCAAUUCUCGACCUUAUAGCCUUAGGGUAGCUCUCAAUGUGUCCUAUAUAACCAAUCCCUUGGAUAACCUCAAAAAUACAGUUUUUGACCCGGAGACAUCAUAGUAUCGACUAUGCAGUUUCCCUGGACUUUUGUAGUUAUUCCUUGUAUAUAAUAAUAGUGAUUUGUUUACAUUUUGUGUGCGUUUUGUGUGGUGUGGGCGGGUUGAUAUGGUGACUCGGUUUUGGGACAUUUUCGGCCAAUAUUCGGUUGGGUCUGGAUGGAGGCAGUUGUAGGAUGUGUUGUGCAGUGCGAUAGUCGUUUGUGCUUAUGAUAGUGUCCGUGUUUUAGUUCGUAAAUGUGGUGAGUGAUUGUACCGGCCUCUGUAGAGAAUGAGCCAAAUGGCAACAGACGACAGCAUGAGCGACGACGUGUUCGAGGACGACACGCUACGUGCGCCGGCGCAGCGCAGCACCCCCUCCCCCACCGGGUACAGAGACUACCAUCCCCCCGCCGAGACCCCCGCACGCACCCAGCUUGACGAUGAUAUGCCUAUACAUAAGACGAUCCUGCUUGGCGACAGUGGCGUGGGCAAAACCUCUUUAUUAGUGCAGUUCGAGACUGGAAAGUUUCAAGCCGGCAAUUUCUCCGCAACCGUUGGCAUCGGAUUUACGAACAAGGUAGUUACAGUAGACGGCAUCAAGGUGAAGCUUCAGAUUUGGGACACCGCAGGUCAAGAGCGCUUUCGGAGCGUAACACACGCCUACUACAGGGAUGCUCAUGCGCUUCUGCUGCUAUACGAUGUGACGAACAAGAUCAGCUUCGAUAACAUUCGAGCAUGGCUGGGGGAGAUUCGGGAGUACGCACAAGACGAUGUCGUCAUCAUGCUGUUAGGUAACAAAUCCGAUAGCGGCCUAGAGAGGGCGGUGAGGCGGGAGGAGGGGCAGCGCUUAGCGAGAGAAUACCAAGUCGCGUUUAUGGAGACAUCAGCCAAAACCGGACUGAAUGUCGAAGCUGCCUUUGCCCAUGUGGCGCGCUCUCUAGUGGCGAAAGCGAACCCCGUCGACCCCUCGCGGCUGGCCGUGCGCGCGCAGCCCACACAGGAACACCGGUCUUCCUGCCCGCCGUGCUCAUAAAUCCCAUGUUCAAAAUGAGAAUCAUGUAUUUAUUUUUCGAAGUGGACCAAAGUUGAGCAUAGACUGGUUGGUUUAAUUUUUCAAUCAGUCGGUGCAAUAACGUCGUGUAGAGAAGACGUAUGGUGAGGAACUGUAAACGUGCAUGAAGGUUGCUUUUAUGAAAAGCUCAAAGUUUGAACAAUGUUCUAUGGUGUGAGAUAUGAAAUAUAAUGAUCAAUGUAUGUAUAGUAAGAUGUACCGAUUUCUAUUGUAAUAUUUGAUAAGGUACUGUAUUCGUGUUUAUAGCUGAAUGAAUAAAUAAAAGUCAUUAUUGUUAUUGACUAAGGAAAACAAGUUCACAAAAAUGACUUAAGAUAGCUACAUGUGUGCUUUAUUCCCCUAUUCAUAUCUCCAAAUGCUUGUCAUAUACUUUGUCGAUAUAAAAAAUGCCAUAAAAUAAUGAUAUUGUUUGUGUAUUGACCUGGCAUUGUUUUCUGUGACAAACAAAAGACUAGCUAGUGUGAUGCUCAACAGGCGCAUAUUUUCUCACGGAACUAUACCACCUGGUGUUUUAUGAGUUCUGGCGCGCAUUUUCUACUAACUAGCCACAACUGGGCGUUAAUGAAUUUCGACUGUGUUAGAGAAGAGUCGAACAAUCAGCUAAAGCUAGCAUUUAUACUGUCACAGUUGAAAGAUAAUCGACACCACCCUUAAGAAUAAGUUUUGUGUGGAUUAUGUGUUAACAAAAAUAAAAUCUAUUUAAAAGAAUGUCAGAAACAAGAAGGCUUAAACAGGACAGCAAAAUUAAUGCAGUUUUGAACUACUUUCAAAAAACUGUUCUAUUACCUGAUGUUUGUCUAGUCUGUCUUCAUCGACUUAAGGAUAAAAUGACCCUUCAAUUCGUUAAAAUUAGUUGCAAUUUCCUUUGGAAGAAGAUAUAAUAGUUAUUAGUGUGAAAUAGAGUUUAAGUGUUAAUCCAAUAUCCCUGUGAUAACUAUAAUAUGAUUAUGAAUUUCAUCUUACAUAUCUGUUUAAGGCGGCCGCUAGACCUAAAUAAUAUGGGACAGUGCUUUUUAUUGUACAAUACGGUGAUAAGGCGCUAUGAAUCAAUGGAUAAAUUAUAAGCACAAAAAAAUAUGAGGCAAUAAAUAAGAGUCGUUCAAAAUCUCGGUCCAUCAUUGCGCAAUCUUCAAUAUUAACCCUAAACUGUCAAUAAUAUUGCAUUAUUUUUAAUGUCGUCGUCUAGGGGCCGCCUAAAAACAAAACGAUCGUAGAAAAUAAUCUCGUGAAAACAAGUUUUAAUAUAAUAUUUAUUGAAUGCCAUUGCAUUUCAAUACGUUUUUUGUAAUGCCUGCGUAAUUGGGAAAAUUGACCAUGCGUAAAAAAACAUGUUUUGUAGGUCAUACAAAAUCCACGAUAUCAUGAGGUUCAAAGGAGUAUCUACAAUCGCAAAUCAGUAGCAGACUGGAACUUUGACGAAAUGACGACAUUCUGACGUCAAAAGCCAGCAUAAAAAUACGGCCUGCAAUAGAAUAUCCUGUCAAUUUACGUCAUCAAUACAGCGGCCAUGUUUUCAGCAAUUAGCGGGGAUUAUACAAUGAAACUACAGAUUACAUUCUUGGUAUCUAUUUUUAAUAAAAUAUUUUGAUUGGUAACUACUUCAUGCUUAGACAAUGUUAUUUAUAUGUCCAUGUGCCUCGGAAAACUAUCAGCCUUUUGAAAUUUGAAGUAGGUAUGUCUGUUGCAAUUGAGAGAGAGAGUCAGCGUUCUACGGCGUGUAGCGCGCUGUCUACCUUCUUCAACUACAGGUGGCACCGCCUGUAUAGCUUCAUUUCCUAUGUGUACCUAUACUGAUUUUGUUACAUAUCUUUCCUUUUUUAGUAGGUAUUUACCGUUUCAUACCAUAUUGAAAAAAAAACAAUGUAAAUUGUAGAGCACUAUUUAAAACCAAAACUUUCGGCAUAUUUAUGACCAAUUUGAUAUCACUUAUACUUCCCUACAUACUAUUAUACUAUAAAACCUAUGUAUAUUUCCUUAAAUGAUAUGUACUUCUAUAAAAGAAUGCCCAAAAAAAUCUGAUACGAAUGUAGUAAAACUUGUAACAAAUACCAUUGGGCUAUUUACCUAAAAGUGUGUGUUUUUGCAUUAAGAGGAAUGUUUGUGCUAAAUAAAUAGUUAACAUAUUAUUAUAAGACAUUAACAGUGAAUAAAAGAACUUGUAAAGAAUCGUAAUACAUAUUAUAUUGUCGUUGCAAAUUUUGUUUAAAAUAAAUGUUGUAAAGCGUUGAAUGUUGCUUGUGCAGAAAUAAAUAAAUACAGUGAUUAAUAAAAGUUUCUUUAUUCACCC